AAAAAGGAUGUAGCAUGCCUUGCACUCAAAAUAGUUAUAGAAGGCUACAACAAUGCAUUGGGGUAUGGGAAAUUAAUGAAGUUAGUGUCAAGGAUGCAGAUAAGGAGUUAGGAAAACUUGGAGUCUAUAAGUAUCAUUUUAACUUAGAUCAAACUCCCUCAUAUCAUCAUAGUAAAGGAAAAGCAUCAAAAAAAUGCUCACAUAAAAAUGAUUUGGAGCAAGCUUUAAGGAAAAUUGGAAGCUGGAUCACAGAUGUUGCAAACUCAAACAAUUUUGAAGAAAAACAAAAGUUAUUAUCCAACAUUUUGCCUUCUUUAGUAGCACAUUGGAAUAAUAAUGAAACUCCUCAAAAACCCUAUCAAGAAACCCCUUCACAUUUGCCAAGCCCAUUUUUAAUCAAUACAAUUUUGCAACUAAAAGGUGCUGAUAAAUUACAUGAAAAACAAAAGGGUAAUAAAAAGGUUGAAUUAAUGUUAAUGAAAUCUAAAGCCCAAGGUAAUUCCUCAAUACCAAUGACAGAUAGAUUAUAUCUUUUGGUUAAUUUUCCAAGUGAUUCGAAUUUAGCUUCAAAGCCUUUAUUCUUCAAUAAGGAUUGGUCAGUUGGAAAAGUUCUUGAUCAGAUUGCAAUAAUUGGUAAAAUCAAUAAUAACAACAAUCAUAUUUCAAUGAAUGAUCCAAAAACACAACAAGAAGAAAAUGAAAAGGCCAUUUCUAAUGCAAUCAAAGAAGCAAAGAAUGAACACACCGAAUCCAUCAUAUUUCUUCUUGAUUUUUUCCGAUUGGUCCACUUCCAACAAUUAAACAUCGUUCAAUUAUCAGAAUUGGAAUCAGAAGUGGUUGAAACGCUUCGUGCUAAACUUACUACAAUGGCUGAAGAAGCCAAAAACGAAGAGUUGAAAGAUCAACGUGUCAAAGAUAUUUUGGAUAAUGUUAAUAAGUUACAACAUAGCGAUGAAAAUAUUAUUAUGAAUUUGUUUACAAAUAGUAUCGUCGUACAAGAUUCUAACAAUAAAAAUGAGAAUGAUAAUAACAACUUGGAACAAGAAAUAACUUACUCUCGUGUUAGAUCAUUGAUACAAAGUCCACCAAUAUUAGAAACCACCGAAGUCCAGCUUGAACAAGAAGAUAUUGACGAUGACACAAAUAACAACAUUAACCAAGAAGAAUUUGUCAUCAUCAACAAAGAAACAGAAAAUAAUGCUGAUAAUAAUAGUACAUCUAAUAUCAAUAAAAGUGAUUUAGAUCAAGAUGAAAAAUUGCAAAUCCAACCAGAAAUAGAAACAUCAAUCGAAGAAACUUCACAAAAUCAAACUGUUCAAGAAAGUGUUCGGCUAGCAACUGAUGAUCAAUUUCAUUACCCUGAACAAAAUCCCAUUGAACAAUCAAAUCAACACGAUGAUGAUACAAAUUUAACUCAACAACAACCGUCAAAUGUCGACGUAGUUACAAAUGAUGAUAAUAAUCAGCAAAUCUCACAAGAACAAUCAGUCACAACAUCUCAAGAAUACGUUAUUCAACCAACUCAAAUUUCAAACGACGAAAAUUUAACUCAAUCGAUAACAGAGCCUAUAUCUACUAUACCUACAUCUGUAACUGAUACACAACAACAAUCACCGCCAAUAGUAUUAUCACAACAACAAACCUUUGAAUCUGAAUCACAAAACCAACAAUCAUCCAAACCGCAAAUAAGACAAUUCGUAUCCAAGCAACUUGGCGAUACUCAACCCCCACCAUUAACACCAAGAAAUCAAGGUAAUUCAAAUAGAGGUUACCGCCCAGCUUACCGCAAUAAUAGUAAUCGCACCGGUGGUAACAAUAACAGUGGUGGCAAUAACAACGGUGGAUAUAAUAAUAAUAGAGGAGGAGGCCAAAGUCAAAGAAGGGAUAGCGGAUCACGCAACGGAUCAUUUAAACCACGUCCGCAAUAA